AUGCGAAACUACUCCGCACAGGGCGGGUUGGGUGCUCCGGGGAUACGGGGAGGAAGGGGUGGGGCUGGUGGUAGGUAUGUGUACAAUUCAGACGGACAGGCCAUGGCGUCCAACGGAGCACCUGGCGGGACAGGCGGCCCGGGCGGGGACGGUGGACCCGGGGCAGACGGGCGGUCAGGGCUCAGUGCAUGGGUGCUGAGUGUGGCUGAUGG